AUGUCUUCUUUUUUUUGGCAAAAGCAGCCGAUUAAACUGGACAUGGAAUCAAACUCUGUUGACGACCAGUAUGAAUGGUGUGAAAGUUUAAUGCGCACAUGGAGUCAAGACCAUACUUUAAAAAAUGAAUCAAAUUCCAGUGAAGACUAUACAAACGUUUGGAAGAUCUAUAGAAAUAUUACUGACAUUAAUGAGCAAAUCAUGAAAAUGUAUACAGCCAAUGAUUUUUUUAUGCAGUUUAAUGCAGAAGUGAGUACAGGAAGGACAAAUUAUAUGAAAGAUUUUCCUUAUAAAGCCUUUCAUUACCUGCUCACACGUGCUGUACAGAAGUUUCAACUAAACGAAUGCACAGAAGUUUUUCGCAGAGUCGACAUUUCAUUUGUUACGAACGUUACAGGCCGGGAAAUGCGAUUCAGCAGGUUUGCAUCGACUUCAUUAAAGACAGACUUGUAUGAUUUCGGCAAUGCGUCAUGUUUUCAAAUCUACACAUGCUUUGGUGCCAACAUAGACAGCUUUUCACUGUACCCUGAGGAGCAAGAGGUGCUCAUCCCACCUUAUGAAACAUUUAAAAUUACAAAUGUUACUGAAAACCAUGAAAGCUGUGAUGUUCUUUACACACUCCAGAGCACUGGAAGAUUUAGCAAAAUGAACUGUCACAAAUGA